CUGCCUUGUUGUUAGGCACCGUCAAAUUAAUUCCAACCUAGGCUGUCAUCAUGAUGGGAGCAGAUCACCGGGUCAUUGUUUCCCCCUGGAGCUUCUGGUGGGCUCGAACAACCGACCUUUUGGACAUGGAUUUGAUUGACAUACUUUGGAGACAAGAUAUAGAUCUUGGGGUGAGCCGUGAGGUAUUCGACUUCAGUCUGCGGCGCAAGGAGUAUGAGCUGGAAAAACAGAAAAAACUUGAAAAAGAACGACAAGAACAACUCCAAAAGGAGCAAGAAAAGGCCUUCUUCGCUCAGCUACAACUAGAUGAAGAGACAGGAGAAUUCAUCCCGAUUCAGCCAGCCCAGCACAUCCAGUCAGAAAUCAGUGGAUCGGCCACCUACUCCCAGGUCGCUCACAUCCCCAAGCCAGAUGCGUUGUACUUCGAUGAUUGCAUGCAGCUUUUGGCAGAGACAUUCCCGCUUGUAGAGAACAAUGAGGUUUCUUCAGCUCCGUUUCAAUCACUUGUUCCUGAUAUUCCCAGCCACGUGGAGAGUCCAGUCUUCAUUGCUCCUAGUCAGACUCAGUCACCAGAAACACCUGUCCUUCAGACAACCCUUCCCCAUUUAGACAAUAUGCUGCAGGAUGUUGAUCAAGUUUGGGAGGAACUACUAUCCAUUCCAGAAUUACAGUGUCUUAAUAUUCAAAAUGACAAGCUAGUUGAGGCCGGCACAGUUGCAAGCCCAGAAACGGAACUGACAGAAAUUGACAACAAUUAUUUUUUCCCAUCGAUCCCUUCAAUGGAAAAAGAAGUAGGUGACAGCAGUCCGCAUUUUGUCAAUGUUUUUGAAGAUUUCUUUGGCAGCGUCCUACCUGCAGAUGACCCCAACCAGCUCACCGUGAACUCAUUAAAUUCAAACGCCACAAUAAAUUCUGAUUUUGGUGAUGAAUUUUAUUCUGCUUUUAUAGCAGAGCCCAGUACCAGCAACAGCAUGCCCCCCUCGGCCUCUUUAAGCCAGUCACUCUCUGAACUUCUAAGUGGGCCCAUUGAUGUUUCUGACCUGUCACUCUGUAAAGCUUUCAACCCAAACCACUCUGAAAGCACAGCAGAAUUCAACGAUUCUGACUCUGGCAUUUCACUGAACACAAGUCCCAGCAUGGCAUCACCGGAACACUCAGUAGAAUCUUCCAUCUAUGCAGAUACACCUCUUGGCUUCAGUGAUUCUGAAAUGGAAGAGAGAGAUGGUACCCCUGAAAGUGUCAAACAGAAUGGUCCUAAAACACAGCCAGUACAAUCUUCUGGGGAAACAACCCAAGCCCUGUCACCCUCUCCAGGGCACAGUGCUUCAGUGUUUGAUGCCCAGGGGGAAAACACCCCAAAGAAAGAAUUGCCUGUAAGCCCUGGACGUCGAAAAGCCCCAUUCACAAAAGACAAACACUCAAACUGCCUGGAGAAUCUCACCAGAGAUGAGCUGAAGGCGAAAGCUCUCCAUAUACCAUUCCCUGUAGAAAAAAUCAUUAACCUCCCUGUGGAUGACUUCAAUGAAAUGAUGUCCAAAGAGCAAUUUAAUGAAGCUCAACUUGCAUUAAUUCGAGAUAUACGUAGGAGGGGUAAGAAUAAAGUGGCUGCUCAGAAUUGCAGAAAAAGAAAACUGGAAAAUAUAGUAGAACUAGAGCAAGAUUUGGAUCACUUAAAAGAUGAAAAAGAAAAACUGCUCAAAGAAAAAGGAGAAAAUGACAAAAGCCUCCACCUACUGAAAAAACAGCUCAGCACCUUGUACCUUGAGGUGUUCAGCAUGCUCCGGGAUGAAGACGGGAAGCCAUACUCCCCCAGUGAAUACUCCCUGCAGCAAACUCGAGAUGGCAAUGUAUUCCUUGUCCCCAAAAGUAAGAAGCCAGAUGUUAAGAAAAAGUAGAUAUUGGAAGGAUGUGACCUUUUCUGAGCUAGUGGGUUUCUUGUUUUUGUUUUGUACUGUUAUAUUAAAAGUUCCUACUGUGAUGUGAAAUGCAGAAAUAUCAUACUUUUUAAGUAAUUCUAUGCAACAUUAUAGCCAAAACUAGUGUAGGCAAUAUAAAACUUUCAGAAGCAUUAAAAUAAAAGUUUCCAGUAUGUUGAGUCAGUAGUUUCACUUUAACUGCAGUUUCUCAUGACACCCUUUGGGCUACUCUCUGUAUAAGUGUAAAUACUAGAAAAACUUUAUUUAUACUACUACUAUCUCAUUUGUUACAUUCUAGAUUUGUAUGGUGACAAGGCAUCUCUAUCUGGCAAAGAGCAAAUUGCUGCAAAACUAACCACUAUAUACCUUUUUUUAUAAAUACUGUAUGAACACAAAAAAUGAUUUUUAUAUUAAAUUGUUUAGCUCUGGCAAAACAAACACUGCCAUUUUAAAAGCUGGUACUAAUAAAGGGAUAUUAUGACUGAA